AUGUCCCCUCGGCCCACGCAGCAUGCCCAGCUGCAAGUCGCCGCCUACGACGCCCUAAACACCUACUUUACAACCCACGCCAACCGCACGCUGGAAAUCGAGGUCCUCCCACCAGCUUUGGAGACCACCGACGCCCUCAUCCUUGAAGAUGGCGUAAACCUCGGCGUGCCAAAGAAGAUCCUCGCCCUGGCCUUCGUGCACGCGCGCCAUCUGUUCUUCGCGCAUUACAGAUCUGAUGUCGAAGAAGAGCAGAGACUGGCACACGAAGCGACGCGUGUGAUGCUGCUGUUUGACCCGGAGCAUCUGACCGCUGCCAACCAUCGAAAGCGGCAUCUCCUCCGCCUGGAAGCAUGCGGCGACGACGAGGCUUUCGUCAAGGCCAUGGGGGCGGAGGGUUGCUUCAUGAACAGCAUACUCACGUCCCCGCUGCACCGCCAGUCCAAGUCGCCCACGCUUUGGGGACACCGGGCCUGGUGGUUGGACCUGAUCCUGCCGGCUCUCCUUGCUAUCGAGUACGAUAUCCCAGCCUUCUUCAUGGAAGAGCUGAACGCCGCUAUUAAGGGCGGGGAGCGGCAUCCGAAGAACUACUAUGCGUGGCAGUAUGCACGGCGCGUGGUCUUGAAGAGGGGAGAUUCGCAACCUGCAGGUAGCUCGGAGUGGGAGUCUUUCCUCACCGACUGCGCACAAAAGGUAAAGUCGUGGUGCAUGCUGCACGUGAGCGACAUUUCGGGAUUCUCGUUCUUGAUGUGGGUGCUCAGCCUCACGAGGUCAUCGGACGAGAGGGGGCGUGUUGUGCAAGAGAUGGUCACCUAUGGGGUGAAUGUAAGGCUGACGAACGAGUCGCCGUGGACAUUCGUGCGGAUGAUGCUGGCC